AUGCGCAACAGCCUGGACGCUCCUCCUGAGUCGCCGCGAGCCUCCAUUAAACCCGUGAAACCCGGCGGAGGUCAUGGCAGCGGCCGCAAAGGGCUCCUGGCGGCCUUUUCCGACACGUUGAAGCGUGCCUGGCGACCAGCACGCACCUGCCCUCAUUACAGACCCUACUGCUCGCCCGUACCCCGCGACACGUGUAACGUGCACCUGCUGGAGAUGCCUCCCCGUCGCCGUACCGUGUCGCUGGUGCCGCGGCCUGCCUCGGGCCCGCUGGAGGGAAGCGCCAGCCGGGGGUGGGACCCCGCGGGCCGCGGCCACAGCCACAGCCCGGGCUCCAGUCGCAAGCACGUCGGCCGACCCCACCACGCGGUACCCGUAUCCACAACCCGAGUGCAGGACGUGGUCAGGUGGGUCAACCUGGUGAGGCUGGUCAACGUGGUCAAGCUGUUGCGGCCGUAUCGUCUGCUGCCACGGAGCCGGCGGAGGGUGCGAUUCGGGCCAGCGGCGGGCCAGCGGGGCCUGAUGAUGACCUCGGGCGGCGGCGAAGGCGGCAAGCCCAUCGGUGAUUUAGCUGCCGGGGCUACCGGGGCUGUCCAGGGGUCGCCCGCGGCCGCCUCACGACCCGUAUACAUCCAGGUCCGGCAGGGGCGGCAUCUCGUGUGGCCAAGCUUUGAGGGUAUGGACUACAGCUGCUCCUGUCUGCUGCUGGUGGGCGGGCAGCUGCGUGGGAGCACGCAGGCGGCCCCCGUCGCGCAAGGGGGAGGCGGGGCAGGGGGUGGAGGAGGGGUAGCGUGGGGAGGCGGCAACAGCAACACGGUGCAAUGGAACGAGGUGUUCAGCCUGCCAAGGUCCUGCCUAGAGGGCGCUCCUGGCGGCCGUGUGGUUCUGGAGGUGUGGUGCAGUGAACCGGACGACGUGUUGGUGGGUCAGGCGGAGCUGCUGCUGGGGCCCAUGUUGGAGGUGGAGAACCCGCACCCGCUCAGCACCGUGCUGGAGCUGCAGGCCAUUGACGAGGAGACCGGACAGGUGGAACCGGGAACCUGCGGAGAGCUGCACGUGGCGGCAUGGGUGGAGCCGGAGGUGGUGGACAGAGCCGCCCAGUGCCCCUACAGCCUGCCCACCGUGGCUCCUGCCGACCUGGGCGAGGCGGGUGUGGUGACCAGUAACCUGUCCGCGCCCUGCGGCAGCAAGUCCAUGCCGCAGGUGGUGCACAGCCCUCUGGGGACACUGUACGAGGAGCCAUGCGUGGUGGCACUUAAGUUAUCGGUGGUGGGGCUGGUGGAUCUAAGCUACGACACGUUGCUCCAGGGGGCCUCGCAGGGCGGCACAUCCAAGAAGCGUGUGCGGCUGGAGGCAUACCGCGUCAGCAGCAACGUCCGCGACCCACGGGACGCUCGGGGAGGUGACCGGGAGCGUUCCCGGGGCCUCCAGACCGCCGCCAAGGCCGCGCUGCCAUCCGCGGGAUCAGCCCCCGUGCCCUCCGUUCCCUUCGCCUCGCCUUCCGUCACCCGCGGCAUGGGCCCCUUCCUGGAGCGGUUGAGACGCAGGCGCCAGCAGCAGAAUGUCCGGGCACAGCUGCAGACUCCUCCUUUUGAACCACCUGACGACAAGUCGGGCGGCGGCGCAGGUGGACCCGCAACGGCAGCGAGCGGCGGUGGCGCCGCCGCCGGCCGCUUUUACCUUCCCUUGGGAUGGCUGCCACGAAUUCUGUCUGGGUCACUUCACCACGUCCGACAGCGCCUCGGCGGCGGCGGCGGCCGUACGGUGGCGGCGCCCGCCCCAAGCGGAUCCAUGGAUGAUCUGCUGGAGGAGGAGGAAGACACCGCGGGUCCUGGCGCUGCUGGCGGCGGUGGCGGCGGCGGCGCCGCCGCCGCCAGCAGCGCCGAGGACAAGACCCUCUCCGCUGAUGACGCCGAUGAUGGGUCCAGCCUGAUGCUGAAUCCCACAUUGCCCUUGAGCGGCAUGACUGCAGAGGAGCCAUCGACGGGGGUGGGCCAGGUCCAGGGCCAGGGGGUCUUCUGCUACUUCAAGCAGCUGCAGCACCUCGCGGAGGCCGCUGCCUCGGUGGCGCUACAACCCUCUGUGUUUGUGUUCACCCUCACUAGGCCGCUGAACAAUGUGCCGGUGGGACUGGCCAUGUACGUCACCACUUCCGUAAGCAUGUGCGGGCGCCGCGGCCGCGUGGUUGGGCGGUUGACGGUACGACUGUACGACCUGUUAGACCAAGUUCUUGGUGCGGCAACUGCUGGCGGCUUGCCAGCAUCCCAGCGUCCGGAUAUGGGUGUGACCGGAAAGAGGGUCGAGGUGUCGCACGAGUUUGAGGAAGUGGAACUUGGAGGCGUACGUCUUGUUGUACAGCUGGCGGAUCUGGAUAAGCGCGCCAUGGUGUUCCGCCUGCCGGUGGUUUCGGAUCCACAGCAGUUGGUGGCGGAGGGCGCACUGGGGUCAGGUGGCGGGGCCUGCUCCCUGCUGGCCGCCAGCAUGCUGCCCGGGGGGGAUACUGAUCCGGCCGGGAAGGGCUGGAGCGCUGGUGAAGGAGGCGGAGGAGGCGGGAAACGUGCCCAUACACACACGCUGGGUCCCGUGCUGUCCGACACGGAUCUGCUCCAAAAAGUGCUCAGACGUACCGGACUGCACCCAAGGCCAUCAAGCGCAUUAACUUCAGCCUCGGUGACUGGUUCACCGUCACGGACCACUGGGUACAAGGCUGCAUGUUCUCUCUACAACACCACUGCAGAAUGCUGCAGCAUCAUCACCGCCUUCCACCAUGCCACUAAGCUGACCGACGACCUGGCCGCCGAACAGCAGGCACAGUUCGGUGCUGAACUGUGUCUGCUGGAAGCCAUCACAGCCAACACACGCCGACGGGCUGCGGCCACUGGGUCCUCCUGCCACAUCUGCUGCCAGCGCUCACACUCCUGGGCGGCAUGCUGUGCUCGCGCCACGGCCGCCGGGUCCUCCUGUGCCGCCGGUGUAGUUAUUGAUACACGUAGGGACCGCAAGAAGUCCAUUGAACGGAGUGAACCAAGACGUGGUGGAUUGCCGGACGCCGGCCGAGCAGUUGACGGCGACCGACCGCCCAACUUCUGCCCGUCAUGCUGCAUAUUUGCAAUGAACGCUAAACUUCUACUCGCUGAAGCUGUCCUAUCCUUCCAAGACGUGGUUGCCUCCUGCCUCUUCACGGCGUUCUGUGUGUUGCUGAUGGUGGUGGUGGCGCUGUUGGGCUUCCCCUCCACCAUGUUCCUGGUGCUGCUGUGGCAGCUACUUCAUGAAGCUGCCGUGCAAGUCCGCGGCAGAGUUUGGAUGAGUUUGUGGGGUUCAACGCUGUGGCUGACGAAAACUGUCGUAGAAGAUGUGAUGCCGGGCGCUUACCCUCCGGCGGUCGUUGACGUGCUGCUUCACCAGCUUAGCACGCCGUACGAGGAGCCCCUAUUGAAUGAAGAUUGCCCGUACAACAUACGGCGGCACUGGUACGAGACCUUCCCCGCCCGCGAACGUCACCAUCGCCACAAGCUGCAGCUCCAGCUCUCGGCAAUUUUGCAGCGAGUGCAGCCGCGGACCCAGGUCGUGGGAUUCAUGCCUGAUGCUACAGCCAGCACACAGCGCGCAUCAGCAGGGGCUGUAGCAUCCUUAUCGGGGACCAAUGCGACGGCCAUGGGAGCGCCACCCGCGACCGCAGGCCCCAAGGGCCCUCGGUCCGUCCGCCGCCCGCCCCCCGGUGCCGUGCUGGGUCGGGGCGGCCUGAGCGCCGCCCUGGGGACAGUGCGCUUCGUGCUGCUGUUGUAA